ACUCAGAGUCAGAGAAUUGGAAUAUUCUGUUACAGUGUGGCAAAAUGGCGACUGUCAUUCAAAAUCCUCUAAAAUCGUUGGGCGACCAGUUCUACAGGGAGGCUAUUGAGCACUGCCGCAGCUAUAAUGCGCGCCUGUGUGCGGAGCGCAGCGUGCGCAUGCCCUUCCUGGACUCGCAGACAGGCGUGGCCCAGAACAACUGCUACAUCUGGAUGGAGCGCAGGCACCGCGGACCAGGGCUGGCGUCAGGACAGAUGUACACCUACCCGGCCCGCUGCUGGAGGAAGAAGAGGCGGCUGCACCCCCCUAUAGACCCCCAGCUACGCCUCUGUGAACUACGACUCGAGGCUGAGCUGAUGAAGAAGGAGGCUCCCCAGUCGGAGGCGACGGCCCUGGAGGCGCUGCUGAGGGGGGAGGGGCUACUGGACAAGAGGAGCGCCGCCGCCAAAGAGGAGGAGACGCUACUGGAGAUACAGAGGGUUCUUGAGGCAGACGAAAAUGGGGACGGUUUCCAUGACGAUGACGACUUUGAAGUGGACACCCCAAAGAGGAAGCAUCGGAAUAAAGGCCGAAGCCGGGGGUCUGGACGUAAGAAGGCGGACGCCGCGGCUGUGGAUGAUCAGGACAAGCCUUACGUCUGCGACAACAGAUACAAACAAAAGCAUAACUCAAAAUCUGCCGACUCAGUCUGUGGGAAGCGCUACAAGAACCGGCCCGGCCUGAGCUACCACUACACCCACACCCACCUGGCAGAGGAGGAGGGGGAGGAGGAGCGGGAGCCCCCAGAGGCACCCCCAUCGCCCCCUGUCCAGCGGCCCGACAACCACAAACCUCAGAAGGGCCCUGACGGUAACAUCAUCCCCAAUGACUACUGUGACUUCUGCCUGGGUGACUCGGGCUCCAACCGCAAGACGGGCCAGGCGGAGGAGCUGGUGUCCUGCUCAGACUGCGGACGCUCCGGACAUCUGCUUCCUCAGGCCCCUGGAUGAACCCCCCCUAGCCAGUUAUCCUCGGUUGCCAGUCAUCCAAAAUCUGCUGUCUGUCUGUCUGUCUGCGCUCCCCCUUUGCCAUGCUGGGCUUGCCGCCAGGCAGCACGGUCGGACACACCCAGCCCAGUUUCUGUUGCCCAGAGCUUUUCUAUGGAGUCGGGAGACACGAUCCUUGAAUCCCUGGGCCUCUGCUCCUCUCUGUGUCUUCUCAGAGCAAGUAGGAUGAAGAUGGUUAGUGUAGUGUAUGGACCAAGUGCCUGCACUCUGGAGGGAACACGGGAGAUGAAUGUGAGUUGAAUCUUUGGUAUGGAUUACGAAUCCGUGGCUUUGGAACUGCGGCACUCCACACUCCUCCUCAGCAUGGAUCACCGCUCUCCUCUCUUCUCCUCUUCGUACCUUCUCAGAGCAAGGAACACUAUAAUAAGGAUGUGGACAGUACUUUUAUGCUUGCUGCUGCACUACCAUAUGGAACAAGAGUGACCCAUGAACUCCUCCAACCCUUGCUGAUCCUCUUCACCGUUGUAUUGUAUUUUUAAAGUACCGGCUUACAGCUCAUUGUACAUUUAUUUCACUUACAUUUUUGUAUCACUUUCCAGAGAUUGGUACUGAUGCAGGGUCUAUCGACAUUGCAUGUUAUCUCAGAGAUGCAUUGAAUAGUUUAGAAUGCUUGCACAACAUUCAAACUUCCAGGAAGGCAUGUCCUGGCCACGUUUUGACUCUCAAUUCCCCGAGUUGAUGUUGAAUAGCUCCAAAGUCAAUUUAGAGUUUUAAAUGUCAUGGAAUUGGAAUUGGCCUUGGCCUGGAGUCUGUUGCCUUGUCGUGGCCUGAGACUACCUUGGCUCCAGUGAUACCAAUGAAACAAAGUCAUAGCAAUGACAGCAUGCAACCUUGCUUCAAUUUAUCACUGGUAUGAUGUGUCCCCUAUGGUGGUUUUACGACCACACAUUGAGUAAAGUAUUGUCCUGGAGUGGCCAAAACGUGCAGUCCAGACCCCUGUGAGAAGCUGAGUUUAUGUACAUCGUUAUUCAGAAGGGCAUCUUAGGACAAAAGGAAAGUGCAUUUGGCAUUGUGGACUCAUUUGCAUUUGCUUAGAAUGCUUAGAAUUUAUGAAAACAGCAAAACACACAAAUGUGUGUAACAGAACAGGCUUAACAGAUGUUUUUUAGACAAUUAACAUUUUAGUCACGUAAACAACACCCAACCCAUAAGAAAUGGUAAUAAUAAUUAGUGAGAUCAUUUAUUCAUAGUCUGAGCAACUGUUGAUACUGCAUGGCUGCAACACUGAAGUGGGACCAGUGUUACAAACACACACGCACGCACACACACACACACACACACACUCACUCCACACACUCACAUACCCACACACACACAUCCUUGUUUCGGGCCUCAUGGAAAGGUUCACAGCUGAGUGGGUUUCUCAGGGGGGUUCUUGAUUUACCUGCAUAUGUGCACCUCAGAGGAAAUCCAGUCUGGAUUUCAGGUACGAAGCCCCCUCUCUUCCAUCGAGUCUUCCUGACCUGCUAGUGCAGGUUCAGCAUGUGUUU